UGUAUAUGGCGGCCGAGCGUCUGAAACCCGACACGAAAUUAUGUUCGACGGAGAUGAUCAAGAAGAUCCUGUGUCAAGAGAGCAUAUGUUUGAUGUGUUAUCAUGGCUACCAGAAUGUCAAAGGCUAAGUGGGAAAGUAGGCAUUGAGAUGAGGCUACAGCAUCUCUCUCCGGUUGUCAUGGUUAACUGCUGUAAUUGCCAAGGGCAGCAAAACUGCAUAAACACAGCUGUCGAAAUAGAUGGGUUGAAUGAAGAGUUUGGCAGAGAUGUACAAGUCCAGAAAACUGCAAAGGGAGAUAAAGGAAAUUCAAAUAUAAGUGAUACAGACAUUUAUGAGAAAAAGGGUAAAAGAUUAAAUGCUGGAGGACCUUCUCUCAGAAAGAGGAAGUUUGUGGACUAUUCUGCAACAAUGAUUAAUGACCGUACAAAAGUUAUGCAACAGAGUGCAAAAAGGGCUUUAGUUUUAGUAGAGCCUUCACCUGCAGAUACUAUGAAGGACAGUUUUGAUCUUGUACCCAUUGAGGAACACACAGUGUUUGAUGAUAACAACAACAAUAAAUGUUCAGAUAGUAAGUCUGAAAAUAUAAAGGUAGAAAACCACAAUUCAAGUUCUUGUUUGAAUAAUGAAGCAAAUCCUUACUAUAUGCAGACAAUUGAUUCCAGGGUGACCGGCAGCAUUGUUGGAAUGAAGGAACUGAAGUCACUGUUUGCGGCAGUUGAUGCUUACUUUCAGUGUGAACCAGCAACAGGACCUAGAAUCCUUAGGAUAAGAAAAUCAAAAUGCUGCAAAACUGUGGCAGCUGUUAGGAAGAAGGAAACCAAGUUUGUGGAUGGUCAACAAAGCCUGAUGAAGAAUAAUAAGAUUGAAGUUGCAAUGAAAAAAAAGUUUACUAAAGUGGACAAUGCUAUUGAAAAAGCCAAAAAGUAUUUUGUUGAAAACUUUGCAGAACUGGGUGCAAUACCGAGGUUUGGCAAGGAAUUACAAAAUGUAAGAAAGAAUUAA